CAUUACUACACCCAAUCCCUCCCUUGAGACUCCCCUCUUUCUUCCAUUGAUUCAGGUCGAUCGGAAAAGAUGGCCACCGUCACAACUCAGGCGUCGGCCGCCGUUUUCCGGCCGUGUGCCUCGAAAUCCAGGUUCCUUUCUGGGUCUUCUGGUAAAUUGAGUCGGGAGUUGUCCAUGAAACCAAUGGCUUCCCCAUCCUCUGCUUCUUUCAAAGUUGAGGCCAAGAAAGGUGAAUGGCUUCCCGGAUUGUCCUCGCCGGCUUACCUUGAUGGCAGGCUUCCCGGUGAUAAUGGGUUUGAUCCUCUGGGGCUUGCUGAGGACCCGGAGAAUCUGAGAUGGUUUGUUCAAGCAGAGCUUGUCAAUAGCCGAUGGGCUAUGUUGGGUGUUGUAGGAAUGCUGCUACCAGAAGUUUUCACGCAGAUUGGGAUUCUUAAUGUCCCAAAAUGGUAUGAUGCAGGGAAAGCAGAGUACUUUGCAUCCUCUUCCACCCUCUUCGUGAUUGAGUUCAUUCUGUUCCAUUACGUCGAGAUCAGAAGGUGGCAAGACAUAAAGAACCCAGGGAGUGUGAACCAGGACCCCAUCUUUAAGCAAUACAGCCUGCCUCCAAACGAGGUGGGAUACCCUGGUGGGAUUUUCAACCCACUUAACUUUGCACCCACUGAAGAGGCCAAGGAGAAGGAGCUUGCAAAUGGGAGAUUGGCGAUGUUGGCAUUCUUGGGAUUUAUUGUUCAACACAACGUGACUGGAAAAGGACCAUUCGACAAUCUCUUGCAGCACCUCUCUGACCCGUGGCACAACACCAUUGUCCAGACACUGAGGGGCUACUAAGUUCAUUGGAGAUGAUGAUCUAUUGAUCUGAGAACCUCUGUUUCGUUUAUUCUGUAACCAUAGGGGCGUGGGUUUUGAGUGAGACUGGCAAGUGGCAUCAAUGUGAAAAGGUAUCCAUGUACAGGGGAGCUAAAAUGGUAUUAUUAAAAUCACCUUGCAGAUUACAUCA